AUGCCCCGAUACCCUAUCCUUUCCUAUGCCCCCAUGCCCCCAUGCCCCCAGGUGGCGGCGGGCGGCACGCACUCCGUGGUGCUCACGAGGGAGGGCGAGGUGUGGGUGUGGGGGCAGCCCUGGCCGCCCGCUGAUGCCAAGCAGGUGUGGGUGCCAGCAAAAGUACCCGGGCUGAAGGGCGUGCGGAGCAUAGCGGUGGGCGCGUUCCACAACUUGGCAUUAAAGGGGGACGGGCGAGUGGUGGCGUGGGGCAGCAACGAGUAUGGGCAGCUGGGCACGGGGGACACGCAGCCGCGCUCGCUGCCUGUGGACCUGCCUCAACUCACCCACGCUGAUGUGGUGGACAUAACAGCAGGGGGGUGGCAUUCCAUGGCAGUCACUCGCUCCGGACAGGUGUGGGCAUGGGGAAGAGGGGAGCACGGGCGGAUGGGGUUCGGCGAGGACAAGACAAUCAAAGCCGUACCAACGGUGGUGACGCUGCUGGCGGGAGAAACAGUGGUGCAGGCCUCGUGUGGUGGCACACACUCCCUCGUUGUCACGCUUGAUGGGCGAAUGUUCACUUUUGGCAGAGUGGACGACGGCAGGCUCGGGCCAGCAGGCUCGGUAACAACAGGCGACCUGGUCAGAGUUCCUCUCCCAGGGGACCCCGAUGCUACCUUCCAUCCGGAUGACCAUCCGAACCUGCAUAGAAGGCUCGGCAGCAUCAGCCGCUCCCUCAGCAACUCUUCUGAGCAGCCAAGAAGCCGAUGGCGGGCGGCGUUUGCGGUUUGCCCACGCUCUCCCACGUUAACCACACAUCCCCUCGUCGCAAUUGCCAGUAGUAAACAUACCGCGCUUCAGAUCGUCACCCGCGCUCCCCUCAUCACCCUCGUCGACCCACACCGAUCCUCGCCGCCCUCACCUCCCUUGGUCACCGACAUUCCCUCUCGUCGCUCGCGCUUCCCCUCAUCACCCGUGCCGACCCUCGCCGCCCUCGCCUCCCCUCGUCGCCCGCGCGUCCCGUCGUCGGGCUUGCCUCCCAGUCACUCGCGCUUCCCCUCGUCAUCCGCGUUUCCAUCCGCUCUUCCCCUCUCCCCUCAUUCCUUCCGAAGGGGUGGGACAGAUGGGGAGGAACAGAUGGGGAGGAACAGAUGGGGAGAAACAGAGGUGGUCGCUUCCGCCACCACAAUCGAACAGCGUUUUGAUUCCCUCUCUGCUCCCCACCAUCCUCCCCCCAGCUCUCUCCCCGGCAUCUGCCCCCGUUCCCCCCAUCCUCUUCCCUGUUUCCCCGUAUCCCUUGCCGUGCUUCCCCCCAUCCUAUCCCCUCUUACCCCGUAUCCCCUGCCCUGCUUCCCCCCAUCCCCUUCCCUGCUUCCCCCCAUCCCCUUCCCUACUUCCCCCCAUCCCCUUCCCUGCUUCCCCUCGUCCCCUCCCCUGCUUUCCCCCAUCCCCUUCCCUGCUUUCCCCCAUCCCCUUCCCUGCUUCCCCCCAUCCCCUUCCCUGCUUCCCCCCAUCCCCUGCCCUGCUUCCCCCCAUCCCCUUCCCUACUUUCCCCCAUCCCCUGCCCUGCUUCCCCCCAUCCCCCUCCCUGCUUCCCCCCAUCCCCUUCCCUGCUUCCCCCCUUCCCUUUCCCUGCUUCACCCCAUCCCCUCCCCUGCUUCCCCCCAUCCCGUCCCGUGCUUCCCCCCAUCCCCUUCCCUGCUUCCCCCCAUCCCCUUCCCUGCUUCCCCCCAUCCCCUUCCCUGCUUCCCCCCAUCCCCUUCCCUGCUUUCCCCCUUCCCUUUCCCUGCUUCACCCCAUCCCCUCUCCUGCUUCCCCCCAUCCCGUCCCGUGCUUCCCCCCAUCCCCUUCCCUGCUUCCCCCCAUCCCCUUCCCUGCUUCCCCCCAUCCCCUUCCCUGCUUCCCCUCAUCCCCUUCCCUGCUUCCCCUCGUCCCUUCCCCUGCUUCCCCCCAUCCCCUUCCCUGCUUCCCCCCAUCCCCUUCCCUCCUUCCUCCCCUGCUGCCUCCCAUCACUCUCAUUCUCCUUCCUCCCGCACUCACACCUCUCAGUCCUCUCGCACUCUCUCUCUCCGUCCUCUCGCACUCGCACUCUCCUCCCCACCACCCUCAGCCCUCCUUCCCCUCACACCCACCCAUGUUCCCACCUGCCCUCCCCAUCCCUGCCUUUCCCUCCCUGCCCUGCCCUUCCCUUCUCCAUCCCUUCUCAAACCUUCCCUUUCAUGUCAUGCCCUCACCUUCCCCCUCAUCUUCCGCCCUCCAGUUACCAUGCAUGUGCACCCAUCACUGUCUCCCCAUACCGGUACAUGCUUUCAUCAUGUGCGCUUGCUUGUGUUCCCCUGCAGUUGUUCCCUUGGCACCUCACACCACUUCCCCCAUGUUCCAUCACACAAUUCUUUCUGCCUACUCCACUCUCCAAAUUUUCAGUGGUGA